UUUUGUUAUUUUCGUGUAUAGUUUAUUUAAAACAAAGCAUGAAAUGACACAUAAAACGUUUUUAAAACAAAUACAGUUUAGUUUAUCGUAAACGUCUUAUUGUAAAUAGAAGAUAAAGAUACUUGGUAAACCAUGCCAUGCAAUGACACUUCAAGUUUGAAGUGAAAUGACUAAGGGGGAAACAUGCAUGGUGGAAACACCUGGGGCCCGAAACAUCCGACGACAAUAUUAAAUAGAUGUUGCUCAUAUUUAUAAUUUGGACACUGUUAUAAGUUUUAUGUUUAAUCAACAACAUAUUAUUUGCAUAGUUCUUCCAGGAUUCCCAGCUCAAUGCAGCGGUUACUCAUUUUGUGAAUGUUGACCAAAAGCCUUAACACUGUUUAUAUGUCUCCCGGUCUAUACUGGGGAACAUAUUGUUUUUGCCCUGUCUGUUGGUUUGUUGGUUUGCAUCAAAUUUUAACAUUGGCCAUAACUUUUGCGAUAUUGAUAUUUGCCACUUGAUAUUUGAGUUUGACGUGCAUGUGUAUCUCAUGGAGCUGCACAUUUUAAGUGGUGAAAGGUCAAGGUCUUUGUUCAAGGUCAAAUGUCAAUUACAUGGGCGACAUAUUGUUUUACAAACACAUCAUGUUGUUUUUUAUUCUGAAUGUUCACUGUCAAUGGAAAUAUUUUUGCAGAAGGAAACACUACAUUAUCAUGAGUAUUCAUACAUUUGUACAUGUAUCAAUAUAGAUAAUGGGCAUGAUUGGGAUCCAGAGAGGCAGAAAAUCAAAACCCAAAACCAUUUUUCUGCCUUUGUGUUCCUCGUUUCCAUCGGUCAGGUUCUUUUCUGCCAAUCAACAGAGGACAAGAGGUCGUCCUGUGUAUGUAAUUUCUCGAGAACAGCUGGAAUUCUUCAUUGAAGCUGGCUUUACAAGACGACAAAUGGCAGAUCUUCUGCAUGUGUCUGACUCAUCGGUCAAGCGAAGGCUUAGAUCCUUUGGUCUAAAGCUGAGGCAGACAUACUCGGUGCUGUCAAAUAAUGCAUUAGAUGAUCUUGUUCGAGAAGUGACCCAAGGGAACCCGUCCCUUGGUCAGAGAAUGGUUCAAGGCCUGCUGCAGAGCCGAGGACAUAGAGUUCAGAGGCAGAGAGUUGCUGACAGCCUAAUACGAGUUGAUGCCGCAGCAGUGGCUUUGAGAUGGUGUCAUUCCAUAAGACGACGGGUCUACAAGGUUGCAGCACCAAAUUAAUUGUGGCAUAUUGAUGGAAACCACAAGUUAAUCAGAUGGGGCUUUGUCGUCCACGGUGGGAUUGAUGGAUACUCGAGACUGUGUGUCUUCCUGAAAGUAUCCACCAACAACCGUGCAACCACGAUGACGAAAGCCUUCAUAAAUGGUACUAGGCAGUAUGGUGUACCUUCCAGAGUGAGAUCGGAUAAAGGUCUGGAAAACACAGGAGUUGGAGCCUUCAUGAUAUCCUAUCGAGGCCCUGGUCGUGGAUCCUUCAUUACUGGGAAGAGCGUCCACAACCAGAGGAUCGAGCGGCUCUGGAGGGACAUGUAUUCUGCAUGUACCAAUGUGUUCCACCAGCUCUUCCAACAUCUAGAGGAGACGGGUCGCUUGGACCUGAGCUCCGAAGUACACAUGUGGUGCUUACACCUGGUGUAUGUUCCACUCAUUCAGCGGGCCUUUGACCGCUUCCGUGACGGAUGGAACUGCCACAGACUGAGUGAGGAGAGGGGCAGAACACCCACCCAGCUUUAUCUGCAGGGCAUGAUAGAGCAUGCAGGACGUGGUCAUCGAGGGGUUGAUGACAUGUUCUUUGAACCUCAGGAGGAACAACUGAGUGUCUCAGAGGAAGACUAUGGAGUAGAUGAGGAAGCUCCUGUAGCCUCAGCAAAUGACGAUGAGCUACAGGUGUCCUCUGUUACAACACCCAUUGACCAUGAACAAAUGGCAGAACUAACUAAUAGAAUAAGACCCUUGGAUUCAGAGGAUGGUUUGGCUGUUGACUUGUUUGAACAGGCUGUGUCCUUUUGUUCGCAGGCAUUAAACAUAUAAUGACGUAUACUGAACAGUUCUAAGUGGUCAAUGGGUUGUAACAGAGGACACCUCUGGCUUCGUCGUUUUCUAAGUUUCAGUAGCUUCCUCAUCUACUCAGUUGUUCUUCCUGAGGUUCAAAGAACGUCAUCCACCCUCGAUGACCACGUCCCGCAUGCUCUAUCUUGCCCUGCGUGGUUGAACAAGUUGUCAUCCCCCCCCCCCCCCCCCAGAGGGUUAGGGGAUACAAACUUGCAAUCAUAUUCCCGCUUUCACACCUGUAAGCUAUCAUACACUUAGUGUUUGAUUGAUGUACCUAAUGUAUAUUGUUAUACAUAUGAACACCAGUAUGAAGUUUCCUCAAAGGACUAAUUUGUCGUACUUAUUUAGUAAAAAGUAAAUACAUGUUGAAUAUUAAAGUUUUGUAGCGUUUAAUUGAGGUUUAACUUAACAUAAUUUCUAAAAGAAUUAGUUGUUGUUUUUGCUUGGGAAUGUUUAAUUCCAAUUUGUAUACUCAAUUGAUGUAGAUUGCAGAGAGAAAAAAAAAGAUAACAAACACGAUCCAAAGUGUGACUUACUUAUCUGGUAGACAUUCACAGAUGGAUGUAAAUAAAAAUGCUGAAAAUGUGUUAUCUAUUCUGAUUUUAUCUGAAGAAUCAGGAAUAUUAGUAAACGUUAUGAAUGUAAUGUUUAAUAUUGUCUUCAAUUAACUUUUGAUAUCUGGAAUUUUAUAGCUCCUAGCUUUUGAUGUUUUAAAGUUUUCUGAAUAAAUGAUUUAGUUUUGUUAAGCAAUAUGUAUGUAAACGAGAUUUCAAAUUAUAGAUAUUAACCGUGUUAGCUUGAGUGUAGGACAUUAGCCCUCUUGGACAUUAGCCCCUAGGACAUAAGCCCCUCAGGACGCUAGCCCCAUUAGCCCAUAGGACUUUUUGCCCUUUGUGUGUUAGCCCCUACCCAUUUUUAAAUAUUUCUUAGGUAUUAAAUGUCAUCUUUUUAAAAAUAAAAUGCAAUUAAAAGGUAGAAGAUGCUAAAAAUAUCAGAUUGACAUAUCUUUUAUAAGAUUUUUAGUAACAGAGCACUUAAUUAAUAUGUAUAAAUAAUCAUGUUCUACUGUGAAAUUGUGUUAUUUAAAGAGUGAUUAAAAAUUAAGAAAAAGUUAUUAAAGAUUUUAGCAACUGGAUAAAAAACAAUAGUAUUACAUAAUCUGUACUAUAUGUGUUGCAUCAACUAAUUCAAGUACAUUAUGAGGUUAAUUGGUAUUACAGUUUACUAUUUUAUUAUUGGUGCCGAAUAUCCAAGGUUGAAAGUAUCUAUUGUCUUCCCUGCCAAAUUGAUAGCAGAUGGCUGACUUACGUAUAAUGUGUGUUCCUUGCGAUACUGUAAAUACAUGCUUUCUAUGUGUUUAUUUGUACUUGAAUUGUUUAUAUUUCAUGUUUUCUAUGUGUUUUAUAUGUGUUUCUGCAGAAACAGUAAUAUAUCUGAUGUAUGAUUAUGUUCCUUGGUAUAAUACAGAAACCAUACGCAAACCAUGUUUGCAUGUUUGUUGGUUACUUUUACAUACAUUUUGUAAUAUGGGAAAAUAAAGUAUGAUAUGAGGCCUUAAUGACGUUUUAAGUGUUAAGUCUAACCAGACUAUGCUAGUGUUUGCUAUUUACAACUGUAAUGUAUUUUAGUGAAAUACGAGCACAUUGCUCGCUGUACAUGCUUUUUGUAUUACGAUAAAUAGAUAUGACAUGUUGCCUUAAGCCCCUUUGUAUUAUUAUAGUUACAAGGCUAUAAUAGAUUUGCUCUAUACAACUAGUAUUUUAGUGACCUAAUUUGAAAUUGUUAAAUGCAGAAUUGAUUCUGAUGUUUAUGCUAAUAUCAUACCAUGUAACCGUUCUAUCAUAUGAAUAAAUAUGACAAAAACAUCCAUAAUGUCUUACUCGUUAAAGCAUAAGGUAUUUUAAGAUCUUACAAUUAAUGUAUUAUAACGUGUCAUUAUAACUCUAGUUUCCACAACAUUUGUCUUUCGGUAAGACAAAUAUACGACAAGUGAAUAUAUAGUGUUAAGUUUAGUCCAGAUGUUAGUGAUAGCAGUUGACAAUGAUAUAAGUCUGACAUUUUGGUUUCGGUAAGGCAUAUAUAUCUAUGGCACUCUUAAUGUUAUUCUAUAGAUGAUAAAAUACCAUCUGUGAUAGAUAUUUAAUUCAUACAAGCUGAAUGAUUAAACUUUAUUAUCUCUUUGUAAUUAAAGAUUUCUCUGCGAUUGGUUGUUUUACUUGUUUUUCGUAAUAGUAAAAUCGAACUAAAUUAUAAACAUAUCCGGUAGAUGCACAUGUGAAGAGGCAGAUGUAAAGAAACCUUUAAUGCAGGAAAAAGUGGUGUAAUAUAGCAUAUUUAUGUUAAUGUGUGUAUAUGAGUACUCUUUUGUCAUUGUUUGUGAAAUCGUCGUGUAUGUUUCGAAUACAGCCUCAAAAGGCUUCUUUAAACAACACGCUAUCAUGGUUAUAUGAUGAUAUUUGAUAGCACGAAACAAAUUAGGAUAAAUAUAUGCUACAUUUUUAAAAGCCAAUUUCUAUGUUUUCUACUUUAUUAAUAGAAUAUCAUCCAGUGAUCGUUACAAGACUAAAGUAAAUAAAGGCAGCCUUACUACCCGAAUUUAUUAAUUAAAAUAAAACUCUAAGAUGAGAUGAGAACAUAUUGUAUUAUAGUUGUAUUGUAUUAUAGUUUGUAUUAUUGGCUAAAUGAUUAGAAUACGUUCCAUAAAUAUCUUGCAUGUAUGUUUUUGAAAUAUUGUUCUUAAAGCGAUCUUCUCCAAAUGUUGGAAACAUACAACUGCAACUUUUGUUAAAUUUUUGUAUUCUUGUAUGCACUGUUCGCCAAUACUUGUAUUGUAUAUAUGUCCUCGUGGGCUUAAAUGCCUUAUUGGAUUGAAAUAAACUGUCUUGUCUUG